AUGUACUUCAAUCAUUCCACAACAACCGUUACCUCAUUUAUUCCACCUCAACCAGUAACUCAACCAUUCCACCUCAACCAGUACAUCACUCAUACCACCUCAACCAGUACAUCACUCAUACCACCUCAACCAGUACCUCCAUCACUCCACCUCAACCAGUACCUCAAUCACUCCACCUCAACCAGUAUCUCACUCAUUCCACCUCAACCAGUACAUCACUCAUACCACCUCAACCAGUACCUCCAUCACUCCACCCUCAACCAGUACCUCACUCAUUCCACCUCAACCAGUACAUCACUCAUACCACCUCAACCAGUACCUCCAUCACUCCACCUCAACCAGUACCUCAAUCACUCCACCUCAACCAGUAUCUCACUCAUUCCACCUCAACCAGUACAUCACUCAUACCACCUCAACCAGUACCUCCAUCACUCCACCUCAACCAGUACCUCCAUCACUCCACCUCAACCAGUACAUCAACCAUUCAUCUCAACCAGUACAUUACUCAUUCAAUGUCAACUAGUAUAUCAAUCAUUCUAUCCCAACCAGUAUCUCAAUCAUUCUACCUAA